AUGGCUUUACUUAGCGAGAACAUUGACAACAUGGCAUCUCGUAGGGCGCAGGGAAAACGAGGUGUUUUCCUUAUGAACCGCAUUGCACCGGGCACAUCAGAACUGUACAUCGCCAAUGCGGAUGGAAGCGAUGAGCGCAAGCUAUUGGCAAAUAGCUCGAAUUUCGACUACCAUGCGACCUUCUCUUCGGAUGGGCAGUGGAUAACCUUCACUACUGAACGCAACGGGGAUGGCAACUCGGAUAUAUAUCGCGUUCGACCUGAUGGAUCAGAUUUAGAGAUGAUGACUGCAACACCGUCCAUGGAAGAUGCAGGGACAUUAUCGCCGGAUGGAAGCAAGAUCGCCUACGUUUCGACAGCCAACGAUUACAAGGCCAACAUCUGGAUGAUGGACCUUAUCACACGCCAGACAACAAAGCUUACCGGCACCGAUCUUGUCAAGGGUAACGAGAGCUUGCCAGAGAGCUAUUUACGUCCUUCUUGGUCACCAGAUGGUAGAUGGAUCGCUUUUUCUUCCGAUCGUAACACGCAAUGGCGCGGCCAUGGCAACGGUACUGGAUGGGAACAUACCCAGGAGCUGUCACUCUAUGCUAUCCGUCCCGACGGUACCGGCUUCAAACAGCUCGCUACCAAAGAAGGCUACUGUCUGGGAUCGCCCAAGUGGUCCCCAGAUGGUAAGCGCAUCGUAUACUAUGAGAUAUCCACUGAAGACACUUGGAAUGCGCACCGACCUGAGUCUUUACAGGCUGUCACUGGUCAACUCGUAUCCAUUGACUUUGACACUAGUCUUGAUCGUCUAGAACACACGGAAGGCUCUGGUCUCAAGAUGUUUCCACAAUGGAUUGGCAACAACACUAUUGCAUACCUACUUAAGAAUACCGACGAUGAGGGUCUGAACUACCUCGACAUCUCCAGUGGUAAUGGCACCCUCAGUGCCUACAAGGCAUCGAUCCGCUCGCCAUCCUGGUCGCCCGAUGGCUCACAGGUAGUCUACGAGAAAGUCGAUUUCGAUGCAAUUCGUCCUAUGGGUAAGGAACUUUACAGCUGGGACGAUGAGUGGGAUUAUCGAUUCACUGAUAUUUUCCCCCAGCUUUCUCUACAGGGAAGACUUGCCAUCACGCAAAAGCAGCUCGGCAAUUCGAGCAUUGUUACCGUGUCACCAGACGGCACCGAUGUCAAGCAGGUGUUCGAUGUUUUCUCUGCCAACAUGAGCGAGGCCGCUGUAGCACAGGGUCUGUCUGGCGCGUUCCAGCCCUCAUGGACCUCAAGCGGCGAUUGGCUCGUCUUUGGCGUGGAAUCAUGGUUCCAGAGUCGCAGCACAGGCCCUGGCGCCCUGUACCGCGCGACUGCCAACGGUUCGUUCUCUGAACAAUUGACAGAUGGCUCUGUCAAUACUGGUUUCCCUAGCUACUCACCCAAUGGUCGCUACAUCGUUUAUCGCGUCUUUGGCGGCGAAUAUGGCUUACGCAUCAUGGACUUAGAGGACCGGUCAGUCAGCAUCCUUACAAAUGCCACUAAUGACAAUUACGACAACUUGCCUUCUUGGUCACCAGAUGGUUCACGUAUCGUCUUCUCGCGCCGGGUCACCUACACGAACUUUGAUGUAUGCACCAUCAAGCCUGACGGUACUGGCCUUCAAGUCCUGACCUCCAGUCUGGGUAACGACGCACAUGCGGUUUGGACGCACGACGGCCGUAUCAUGUACUCUACAGCGCAAUAUGGAUUCCGAGAUGAGGCUACGAUAUACGACGAUACAUUCCAGCCAUAUGGGCAGAUCAUGGUCAUGAACGCUGAUGGUAGUAACAAGAGGUUGCUAGUGGAUAGUAUGUAG